AUGGAGACGAAUGAUCCGACGGGCAGAUUAGCGACGGAAGAUUUAUCGGAUUGCGUAAGCGAUAGCAGCCAUUCGGAAUCUCAAUUAAGAGCUUUUCAAAGUUAUGAGCGCAUUAAAGAGCUAAAUUUAUCAAUUGAUAAAACCAAAGAAGACGUAUCGACGGAGCCGAAAGAUUUCCACAUUAGCCUCGAAAGCGGCGGCAGAACGGCUCUUCGAUUUGAUGAGUUUACGUGCGAAAAUUCGGCAAGAAAUCUGACUAUGACGCUGAACAAGACCAAGGAUUUCAGUUAUUCCGCCAAUAAUUUGAAUGAAAUCAGCUAUCCGCUGGAUAGACCAAACGAGAACGAGGAAUCAGCAGACGUCACGACGGCGCUUUGCAGAUCUAAAAACUCCACCGCCAAGAAUGUGCUGUUUAAUCUGCGUGAGACCAAACAAAGGAGCCCUCACGCGUCGUUAUCCUCCUUGGACAGGUAUAGCAAGGACCUCAACUUUGUGGUGGAGAAGGAAAUGAAAGACUUUGGCUUGCUCAAGAAUUACGGUCUCGAUCGCAUGAAGGAGUUCAAUUUUUCUUUAGACAGAAUGAGAGACAGCCACAUUAGCAGCUUGGCUCUCGAGAGACUGCGCGGCGGCGCGGGUCUGCUGGAAAAUCCGAACAUGCUGGAGCAUAAGGAAUUUAGGAAUUUGCAAGUGCAACCGAGGAAUCCUGAUCUCGAAGCCAUUGCCCUGGAGCGUAUGAGACGUUCGCAUCUGCUAGGCACAGAACUAUCCGCGCAAAACUUGUCAACGCAAGUGCCACAUUCACACUCGAUCACCCACAUGCAACACUCUCAGCAACAACAGCAGCAGCAAGCGAAAUCAUUCACUAUCGACGCGAUUCUAGGCCUGAGAAAUAAUCAGCGGGAGAAGCGAAGUCAACAGCAACAGUACAGAAAGCACCAGGGUCAGGAAGGCUCGACGAAGAACGGUAGUUCGACUUCCGCUUCUACUGGAGGCGGCAAAGUAAAAAGAGUGCGGACAAUUUUCACGGCGGAACAAUUGGAGCGUCUGGAGGGCGAAUUUGCACGUCAGCAAUACAUGGUGGGCCCUGAAAGACUGUACCUGGCUCAUGCACUUCGGUUGACUGAGGCUCAAGUCAAGGUCUGGUUCCAAAAUCGUCGCAUCAAGUGGCGAAAGCUACAUCACGAGCAACAAAGUCAGAGGGUGCACGAGUUUCAACACUCGUUGAGCUCGUCGUUGGAGCACGAAGAUAGCAACGAGGCCGACAAAUGGUGA